CUCUCGGAAAAGUUACAAAAAUAUUUCCAUUUAAAAUCCCUUCAAAAGCGAAUGUGAAAUCCCAAAACACACACACACACACGCGCGCGUUUCCAGUGCGAAAGCCCAUUUCAAUACUGCGAAAAGAGAGAGAGAGAGAGGAGAGGAAGAAAAGCGCUCCCAGCACGGCGCACGCACGACGCACGCACUUCCCGCAGACGAUGACACAGAACGUACCGAGAACGGCCGUCCGUCGUACCCUGUAGGCAGCGCCGUCUGUGUUGAGCCGUAGUCUAUUGUUUUGCGUGUUGCCAGCCAGUGCAGUUCGGUCUUUCGAAGCGUCCGCGGCUUUCCGUUCCGUUCGGAUCAGCAGUGCGGAAAAUUCUUAAACCCACCCAACCACAAACCCAAAGAUACCGACCGAGAUCAAUAACCCCGUCCGUGGAAAGUGUACGAGCGUUUGUGUGUGUGUGUGUGUUUGUGUUUGGUGGCCAGUUCCGGUGGCCAAGCUUGUGCGCCUGUGUGUGUGUGUGUGUGUGUGUGUGUGUGUGUGUUUGUGCGCGCGCGUUUGUGUACUUUCCGCUCGGCCGUCGGUGGGGUGGGUUUUUUUUUCCAUCGAAGCAACCAAAGCUACUCACACACAACAUACACACAGUAGAGUAACCCGUCGGUGGCUGUCUGGUGUGGAAGUCGCAAAAGUUUCCCUCCUUCCACCUGUUCUGGGUGUGUGGGUUGGUGUGUGCGACGAGUGUACAACGAGUGAUUCGAUCGGCCCAGUGUUUAAAGUCCAAGUGCGCGAGGACAUCAUCCGAACGGUUGAACCAAAAUAAAAGCAGCAUGAGCGCGACCGACGGCGGAGGUGCCGAGCUGAGGCGAAGGUUGCUAGCGGAAGGUGAUGCUGGUCAGCAGCAUCAACAGCAACAGCCACAGGGACAGGAAAGCCCUAAACAGCCGCAACAACAGCAACAACAACCGCCGGAGUGUGCUACCACGGAAAACUCGGACCAUGUCGAUUCGGAAACCGAAACCGAGGAGCGAAUGCCGGACGAGAAGUACGUCGACGAGAUGGCCAAAAAGCUUCCCCAGGGAACGAACAAAAUGCCCGAGGUGCUGGGCUACGUGCUAAGCGGACUGCCCGAUAGAUGGAAGAACUGGGUGAUACGUGGCAUCUUUACCAUGAUUAUGAUCAGCGGCUUCUGUCUCAUCAUCUACGGUGGUCCGCUAGCGCUGAUGGUUACGGCUUUAGCCGUGCAGGUGAAAUGCUUCCAGGAGAUUAUCUCGAUCGGCUACUCCGUGUACCGCAUCCACGGACUGCCCUGGUUCCGCAGCCUGUCCUGGUACUUCCUGCUUACGUCCAACUACUUCUUCUACGGCGAAAAUCUGGUCGACUACUUCGGCGUUGCAGUGAGCCGCGUGGACUCGCUACGUUUUCUAGUCAAGUACCAUCGCUUCCUGUCGUUCUGUCUGUACUGCAUCGGCUUUGUCUGGUUCGUGCUGUCCCUGGUGAAGAAGUACUACAUGAAGCAGUUCAGCCUGUUCGCCUGGACGCACGUGGCGCUGCUGAUCGUCGUCACGCAGAGCUACCUGAUCAUACAGAACAUUUUCGAAGGGUUGAUCUGGUUCAUCGUGCCCGUGUCGAUGAUCGUGUGUAACGAUGUGAUGGCGUACAUGUUCGGGUUCUUCUUUGGCCGCACACCGCUGAUCCAGCUCAGCCCGAAGAAAACGUGGGAAGGCUUCAUUGGCGGUGGGUUUGCGACGGUCAUCUUUGGCCUGAUUGCGUCGUACUUCCUGUGCCAGUUCCAGUUCUUCGUCUGCCCGAUCGAGUACUCGGAGACGGAGGGACGCAUGAUCAUUGAGUGUGAGCCGAGCUAUCUGUUCCGGCCGCAGGAGUACAGCAUCGCAUUGUUUGGCGCAAGCAAAACGAUCACGAUGUAUCCGUUCCUCCUGCACUCGCUCUCGAUGAGCAUCUUCAGCUCGGUGAUUGGACCGUUCGGUGGCUUCUUUGCUUCCGGAUUUAAGCGUGCGUUCAAGAUUAAGGAUUUCGGCGAUAUGAUUCCCGGACACGGUGGCAUUAUGGAUCGUUUCGACUGUCAAUUCUUGAUGGCAACGUUUGUGAACGUUUACAUCUCCAGCUUCAUCCGUUACGCUUCACCGCAAAAGCUGCUAAACAUGGUAUACAAUCUUAAGCCCGAAGAGCAGCUGCAGCUGUUCAAUCAGCUAAAGGACAGCCUGGAAGAGCGAAACAUUAUAAACCUUUAAGUUGCCCGAAGCUGAGCGUAAAACAAGUGUGUGUUACCCCCGCUACCGCGCUGCUCGUCGCCUGUUAUUUGUUGUAUUAUGUGUUUUUGUGUAUGGUUUUUUUUCUGUUCAUUAGUGUUGUUUGUGUUUGUUUUAACAUCUUUAUUAGUUUAUUUACCUACCAUUUAGAUUUUUUUUUGCCAUUCGGAAGCAAUGGAAGAAAGCGAAAAGAAAGCAAAAAACCCCGACACCAAUGCUCGAAAAUGGGAAAUCAGCAAACGACGCUUUUUUUUUGGUGAUGCUGCUUUGCGUAAGCGAGAGAGAGACUAAUCUUACCAUUUAUAUGUGUAUGAUCUACUAACUAUUACGUUUGGCUAUUCCGAACGUGUAUCGGCACUAAGACUAAGAGCUUUGAAGGGGGGGGGGGGGGGGGGGAGGGGGAAACCAGGCCAAACGAGAGACCCUCCCAGUAGCGGAACCAAUCAAACCACGAUGAUCUCGCUAGUUCGCAAUCAGUGCUGGGAGGGGUCUAGAAGCCGCGGCUACACAAGUAUUCUGCUAGUAGUGGCGUGUGUGGCAAACGAUAGAUGAUACACAUUUUCUGUACGCAGAGUUUCUUGUUUGAUUAUUUCCCCGUACAUGUUUUUUUUUUUUUUUU